AAAUGGAUGUGGUAGCAAGAUUAGCGUCGCAAAGAGCAGUGGUGAUAUUCAGCAAGAGUACGUGUUGCAUGUCUCAUGCAAUUAAACGGUUGUUUUACGAGCAAGGUGUGAGCCCGGCGAUUGUAGAGAUCGACCAAGACAUGUAUGGGAAAGAUAUCGAGUGGGCCUUGGCCCGAUUAGGCUGUAGCCCUACGGUUCCUGCGGUUUUUGUCGGAGGGAAAUUCGUAGGAACGGCCAAUACCGUUAUGACUCUUCAUCUCAAUGGAUCAUUGAAAAUGUUGCUCAAGGAGGCUGGUGCUUUGUGGCUUUAGCACUCAUCAUUUGAUCUUUACUUUGAGUCUUUGAAAGUCUCUUCACUUUAUGUACGUUUAAUUAAAGCAUAUGUGAAGAAGAACUACUUUGUAUUGAGAGUUAUUAAAUAUAUGUCUAUGUG